GCGGAAGUUGAGCAUUAACUUACUAAUCUUAAGAAAGUGUACAUAGUACGACGUUCAGGCAGUGACAACUUAUGUAGUGUUUUUAAGUAUCUUUCUCGUAGUUAUAAUGUUUUGGCAGCUUCUGCUGGUGACUGCGGCGGUGGGUGCCGCGUACUACCACCUGUCGCGGAGACGGCUCUACAGACUCGCUAGACAGACGCCUUCGGGGCUGAAGGCCUAUCCGAUCAUUGGACAUGCUUAUCUGUUCACAGGAAGCUAUGAAGAUCUAAUGCUUUCCUUGCAAAAGAUAGGUCAGACAACCUAUCAACAUGGCGGUCUUGCAAGUUUUUGGCUUGCCAAUAGACUAUUCGUUUCCAUGACAAACCCUACAGCUAUCGAAGUGGUCGCUAAAGCUUGUUUAGACAAAGACGAGACCACAUUAAGGUGCACGAGAAUGGUUAUAGGCAACGGACUAAUUUUUGCUCCAGUAAACAUUUGGCAUCGUCGUCGCAAAAUCAUGGCGCCUUUUUUUGCCCUAAAGAAUCUGCACCAUAUCGUACCGUUGUUCAAUGAAAAGAGUUCCAUCAUGGUCGACCUGAUGCGCGCCGAGGUCGGGGCAGGAGACUUCCCUAUCUGGAAAUAUAUGACGACCUACUCGUUUGACACGGUUUGCGAAACUGCAGCGGCACAUAAAAUGAACUCCCAGGAAGACCCAGCUGACCGCAUCUUUCUUGAUUCUAUAAAUGAAGGAUUAGAGAUGGUGACAAAGCGAGUGCUACUGCCCUGGCUACACCCGGACUUUAUCUACAAGAAACUGCCUGUCUACAAGGAGCUGAUGGGCCAUUUGCGACGGGCUUAUGAUUUUAUCGAUGAAAUUGUACUAGAGAAACGCAAGCAAAUGGCAACGAACGGGAUAAAAGAUAAAAACAACAACAGCAGUGGCUUGACUAACUUCCUCGAGAUGAUAAUCCAAACAUCGGGUGGGCUGGAGAAAGGCUACUCGAACCUGGAAAUACGCGAGGAAGCCAUUGUUAUGAUUGUAGCGGGGAACGACACGUCUGCCGUGGGCGGGUCGUUUACUGCCGUGCUGCUGUCCCGCUAUCCUGACGUGCAGGCCAAAGUGCACCAAGAACUGGAUGAGGUGUUCGGAGACUCUAACCGGCCAGUCACUCCAGAAGACUUGCCGCGACUGAAAUACCUGGAAGCUGUCAUUAAGGAGAGCUUGCGGCUAUACCCGCCGGUCCCAAUCGUGGCGAGGGAAGUCCGCAGUGAUGUUGAGCUACCAUCCGGAACAACUUUGGUGGACGGAACAUCCAUCAUGAUCCACAUCUGGGGCACGCACCGCGACCCUGCCUACUGGGGGGCGGACGCCGAGGAGUUCCGUCCGGAGCGCUUCCUGGAGGGCCCGCUCCGCCACCCUGCUAUGUUCAUACCCUUUAGCUACUCUAUUAGAGGAUGCAUUGGCGGUACGUACGCGAUGAUGUCUGCCAAGACAGCGCUAGCCAACCUGCUCCGGCGCUACCGGCUGCUGCCGCCAGCGGGCGUGCGCGAUGAAGACCUGAGGCGCCCUCUGUCCGUCAAGUACAACAUCAUGAUGAAAGCCUCCGACGACUUCCUGCUCAGAGUCCAGGAGAGGAAAAUCAAAUCUCAUGCU